GGCGCCAAAUUUAAUUUAUACAAUUUACUGUUUGACAAAAUGUCAAAGAAAAGAGGACUGAGUGUAGAAGAGAAGAGAACAAGAAUGAUGGAGUUCUUUUUUGAAAAGAAAGAUGUGUUUUUGUUGAAAGAACUAGAGAAGCAAUGUCAGAAAGAGAAAGGUAUAACAUCCAUGUCUGUCAAGGAGAUAGUAACAAGUCUGGUAGAUGAUGGAAUGGUCGACACAGAUAAAAUAGGAACAUCUGUAUACUUUUGGGCUUUUCCUAGUAAAGCUAGUCAGAAUCGGAAAAGAAAAUUGCUGGAUUUAGAAAAUAGAAUUGAAGAACUGGACUCAAGAAAGAAAUCACUAACAGAAUCCAUAGAUAAAGCUAAAAUGGGAAAAGAGGAAUCUGUUUCUAGAACAGAGCUGUUAACAGCCUUAUCAGAGAAAAGAACAGAACAAUCUCAGUUUAUGUCAGAAAUAGAAAAAUAUAAAGAAUGUGACCCAGAGGUGGUAGAGGGGGUCAGGAAACAAGCUGAGAUAUCAAAAGACGCUGCUAAUAGAUGGACAGACAACAUUUUUUCAGUUAAAUCAUGGAUCAAGAACAAGUUUAGUUUUGAAGAAAGUGUGAUAGACAAACAGUUUGGUAUUCCAGCAGAUUUUGACUAUAUUGAGUAAAGAAAGUGUUAUUGACAAACACAUUGGUAUUCCAUAAGAUUUUGACUACUGGUAUAUUAUGUGAAAGUAGAAAAACAUUUGAUGCUAUGUUUAUUCAGAAAAUGGAGAUGUGCACAGAUGAAUUUAGCCAAUACCUGGAUAAAAUCAUUAACAAUAAUAGAGUUUAACCUGUCUAAAGUUAACUAGAUGUAAAGCAGAAAUCUACAUUCAUGGAAACCUUUUAUAUGUGCACUGUCUAUUAAAAGUAAAUUAGCUAAACACCUACCUAGUCCAAACAAAAGACAGGUUCACUAUUUUGAUAGUAUUUAACCUGAUAUGUUCUUCAGGUGGUCUUAACAAUUUAUCUGUUGGUCCCGCUGAUUGCUUCCAUUUUGCAGAUUAAGUUGACCAGUCGAAAUAUUAUAGCUGCAAUAGCAAUUUGUCUUUUCUGCCUUUGUUUGGUAGAUUCCAAUUUAACCAAUACAAUCAGGCCUGACCAUUGCUGCCUUUUAAUAGAUGAAAUAUGGAAGGGGAAAUAAUAGAGUAAAAGUGGUUAAAAAGAGUUGGAGGGGAUUAUGUCAAGGACAAAGACACCAAACAACUAAAAAAAUGAAGUCUACAUGGUUUUUGAAAUAGAAUUGUCUUCACAAUAUUUUCACUCUCCAAACACCAUUGCUGGUUAAUUUCUUGUGCUUCUAUAUAUUUUUACUAGACUCUACAGUCUUCAUGCUUAGCCACAGGCCCAGCAGCCCAGGCUUGUAAAUUGCUUUCAGGUCUGUAAAAAUCAUCUCUACAGGCCAACAGAAUCUAACUAAAAUUUUCCAAAAAUUGAUCUCCGGGCCUGUAGAUUUAAAAGUUUAUUGUGAAGACUACUAGACUGGUAUAUUUGUUUGAAAUAGUCCUGUAGCUGGUCACUUUUUGAAUUGUUGAGGUGAAUGCCUUGCCUUCCAUCUUCCAACUUCCUAUUCAAAUUGUAAUUUUGAUAAAACAAUUCUAUAGUAAACAUUUUGAAAUUGAGUUUUAGUUGAAUUCUGUGCAUUUGUUGCCAUUACAAUUUUGUUUUUUUAAUUACAGAAAGUAAAAGAACAGCUUUUUAACUUUAUUUGGAACGUUUAGAAAUGACCACUAGAAAAUGAAUUUUAGACUGAAACAGUAAUUUUGAUCUACUUUCAAUCAGAAAGGUGGGAAACUUUGAGCAUGUUGAGUCUGAAUAAGGUUUUAAUGUCUUAAAAGAUUUUCCCUGGAUGUUAUUUCAAGGCAAUUUUAAGGCAUUUAUCAUGCAGUGAUUACAGAUUUACAGUUUAUUAACAAUAACAGAUUAUUUCCAAGGGAGAUAAUGUUGAUUUUUUUUAGUAUGAUUUAGUUUUUUCCACUUUUUUCCCUCUAUAUGAAUUUCAGAUUGAAUCAAUAAUUUUAAUCUAAUUCAUUAAAAAAACCUGACACAUUUAAUCUGUCAUCAAAAUUUAAAGUUAUUUCAUGGAUUUGUGGUUAAGUGUGUACUAGUACAUAAAAAAGAUAACAACUAACUUUUCUGCUGACUUCUAAGACGUUUCUCCUGUAUUCAAUUCAGAUCUUUUUAUUUUUUAGGAAAAGUAGUUUGUAAAUAAUUAAUAGCAAUUGUCAGACCAGUGUAAAAAUAGUUAUUGGAAAUCUUUUUCAAGUUUUUCACAAACAAAAGUAAAUUAGACUACUCAAAUUAUUGCAAUUGAAAGUUGCAAUUCUAGUGGAAAAACAGAAUUCUAUGUAAAUUGAAAAGUACAUGUCCUUGAUAUUUAAAUGAAUGCAAUAUGUAGGUUAAGACUAAGGCUGCUGAAAUGAUGAGUGACAGUGUUCAAUAUAUAUAUAUACCAUGUACCAUUUUGAUUUGUUUCAGUAUCAUAUUUUAUUUAAUGCUUUAAUCAUUGUUUGUUGAUUUUGUUAAUGUUGUAUUUAUUAAAUAGUCUAAUACA